UAAAUAUUGCAUAACCAACGAAGUGCAACGACAAUCAAGCGGUUCCUUGCUGUACAAGUGUUUAGUUUUAUUCUUCAAGAGUUCUUACUCGGACGUUUUCUUUCACUGUUUGUUUUCUUCGAAGUAAUACCAAAUAGAAGCCUUAGAUACAAAUUGCAMUGAGUUCUCAAAACUACCACCUAACUCUCGACUACUCAACUGAACAACGACGCAGAAAGCAUGAAUCAUCACAAAACACAGCUGAAGACACAAGAAAAYGAAGAAACYGAAAGCGUUUGCCUUCACGUGGCCUUUUUUCUCUCUCCUGUAUUUAUUUAUAUGAUUUUUAUCAUUCUAUUGAUUGGAGCUCAAGACAUCCUUGCGGGGACAGACAUUCAAACUUCGACUGUUCUUUUAGCAGACACUGCACCAUAUACCUUGGUUCCUCUCGUAUUCCCACUCUUCGCCAAGAGAGUUCCAUACCUUGUUCGCUUCAUAAUUGUUGUUAUCUGUGAAUUGACGGCUUUUCUUUCUCUGGGACUCGUUCACAAUGUGUACUGGAACCUAGCGGCUGUAUCGUUAGCAUCUUUGGGAGCUGGUGUUGCAGACACAAGCAUCGCUGGUCUAACAUCGUAUUUCAAACAUUCGGCUUUGUCAUGGUAUUCUACUGGAACGGGUGCUGGUCUACUAAUAGCUCCACUUUACUACACAGGAAUGACUACAUGGCUGUGCGUGUCAUCWAGGACGACUUUUCUAAUACUGGGGCCAUGCUCAAUGGUAUUACUCCUAUUCUACUAUUUUAUCCAAAGAGAAAUCACUAAAGAUGAGCUUAAACCAGCGAUGACAACAAGAAAGGAAGUUCCUUACUCCAAGCUAGAGGCUGUAGAUAGCGAGGACGAAGACGAUACACCACAGAAAGAUGUCCACACAUUUGCCAGUAAGGACGUUUUAACCUGGAAAGAAAAGUUUUCAGCUUUCAAGAAGUUGCUUGAUCUGGUUUUAGGGCCCUUAYCARUCGCAUUUGCAUCAGAGUAUUUAUUUUAUCAGUCCGUUAUCACGACCAUAGCUUAUCCCAGUUCACCCUUUGCACCACGUGACCAUUACCAGUACUACUCGCUCGCGCUGAUGAUAGGAGAGGUCCUGGGGCGAUCCAAUAGGAGCAUCCUUGGAAUUGUUAAACCUUCAUGGUUGUAUAGACCGACGCCUGUGUUACUAUGGGUUUUGGCUACUUUGGAAUUUGCCCAUCUAWUACUAUUUUUCUUUGAAUCUUGGUUUCGCUUUUUUCCAGGAGUUGGAGCUCUCAUAUUUUUUUGUUUUACCGGUGGAGUUGUUAUUGGKCUGAUAUAUUCAARUKGUCUUGAGAUCCUCCGCGCUUCGUUUGAAGGAAAUGAACGCGAAUUUGUAUURACGAUGGCACUUUUUGCUCCCAACUGUGGGACAUUAAUCUCCUCGUUUAUAGGRCUYUUCGUAGAACCAGCUUUAUUCAAUCAUUGCAUUUCGCAUGUAAAGAACACAGAAUAUUGCUUUACCAGACCAGCAAAUUUGAAAAGUGUUAUCGCGUCAUGUAUAAAAAGAAUGUAAAUAUAGUUUGAAAAAAGUCCAAGGAAAAAAAUGCACUAAAAAUGUAUUGGAAUACAAGCCAUUUAUUUCAAGAUGGCGGACGAAACAUCGCUUCAGUCGUUUAAGAUAAGGCCCUGGGGACGAGAGUAGCGAGUAAGGCAUGAUGGGUGAAGGAGAAUUCCUAGAACUUCCCAUCUCCUCCCUUGCUAAAAUAAUCCUCGAAGAGCCUUCUCAAAUUAAAAUUUGAAUAACAGAGACGAGCUUAAGCUGGUAUUAAUGAAUAAGCUUUCAAAGCAAUCGCUAAAUCACCCCGCAUUCAAGCCAUCUGCUCAUUCUGAAUACAUUCUCACCAUAUUGUGGCGAGCUUUUGUGUAAUUUUAAAUAUAUACUUGCAUCUGCUGUGAACACUGGAAAGCACCAUCGUAGGUACAAUUAUAAAUAUAAAAAAAGAUACGACUAGUUCAAGGAAUCAAAAGGCAUCAAAAUAAUUUGAAUUUUCUUCGCAAGUUUAUCUUUUUU